AGCUUCACAUAUUUUCACCCUACUUUGACGUAAUCUCUCACACAAGUAAUUCAAAUUUUCCGACCAACAAUGGACAUGGUGAUGAAGUUAGGGAUGGAGAAGGCAGUGGUGGUAUUCAGCAAAACCAGUUGCGGUAUAUCCCAUGCAAUAAGUACACUUAUACGUGGAUUUGGGGCGAACCCUACGGUCCAUGAGCUUGAUGAGCUCCCAAAUGGACAUGAAAUCGAAAAGGCAUUGAUGGCGUUAGGGUGCAACCCUAGCGUUCCGGCUGUGUUCAUAGGGAAGGAAUUCAUUGGUGGUUCAAAUGAGAUCAUGAGCCUCAAUAUAAGGGGCAAGCUCAAGCCAUUGCUCCUCAAGGCUAAUGCUAUAUGGAUAUAGACAAAUUAAGUAGGAAAAAAAGAGUUAACGUGGACUUAUUUUCAUAAAAUCCAUAUUUUCUCGAUGGCCUACAUAUAGUUAGUACCUUAUUAUAUUAGUACAGAGGGCUUCUCCUCGACAUUCUGUAACUUUCUGUUGGUAUAUGAUCUAUGUAAGUGGUAGCCUUAUAUAUAUUUAUGAAUAUAAGCCUGAGUUUUU